UGGUGACUCACCAUUUUUAUGAUUGCAAGUGAGUUACAAGCUAGGAGAACACAGUUAGGCCUAUAAAUCUCAUCGUUACUUGUAGGUAACUACUUGCAUUUAAGGAGCUUUCUGCUAAAAAGGAUUCCAACCUGCAACCUCUCGUUAUUAAGGCGAGUAUCAUCACCGAGACCUACAGGACAUCGUGCAGAUCUACGGUAACCACCAGGGCACCUUCUCUCAUAAAAUUGACUGAAACGCACAAUGGAGCUUUGGUUGGUAUAAAAACCAAUGUUACCGAUGAAAUUAGAGGAGAUGGAUUCGCAGAGGCUUCGCCUCCAAAAUUCCUUCUCUUUAAAUGGUCGCUAUGAUGCAUGUUCUUCGCUUCAUCAAGAAAAUUCUGACUUUCCACAAUCACGUGAUUUCCUGAAAAACGAUGAUAUUGAAAAUAAUUUAAAACAAAAAGAAAGAAAAAAAUGGAAUAGACUAGUUGUUGGCAUGUCUUUUGGCUCGAUGGCUUUUAUAGGAACAGUUGCUGUGCUAAGCUUUCAUAUGUCAGCCAAGUACCACAGUGCAGCGGCACUAGGACUAGGGUGUGAUUGUCUGCUUGAUAUGGCUACCUCAGGUGUUAUAAUAUGGAGAUUUUCUGGGUCUACCGAAAAUUCAGUUAGAAGAGAAAGAAUAACGUUGAUUUUCUUCGGGAUACUUUUCAUAUUGUCUGGUAUAUUUAUCAUAUUCAGGGCUACCGUUACGCUGUUUCAACAGAAGCACAUCUUCCCAAGCUCGAUGCUGUGUAUUCUGGUAUUUAGCAGUGGGGUCGUGUGCAGUAUUUUGAUUUUCAUCAAGUUAUUUUUAGCAAAGAAAUUAAAUAGCAAGUGCUUGGAAAUAGAUGCACUCGGCUCCGUAGCGAACGUUGUUUUAAGCUUCAGUAUUCUUAUUAGCACGGUGAUUAUUGAGCAAAAUGAGAAUAUCUGGUUUAUUGACGCAAUUGUUGCAAGUUUUAUUGGACUUUUACUAUGGAUUUAUGGAGCAAAAUUAUGGUAUGAUGUUGUGCGUGACAGAGCGGAGCUACCAACUGACCUAUGAAUUCACAACCAUAAAAUUGCACCGGCAAAAAAUAGCAAAGGACCUCCGCAAUAACAUACGCAAACACGUGCGUUUGUGGGACAACACGUGUGCUAGACACGCGCGUAUUCCUGGCCCUGUUCUGAUUGGUCAGUUGUUAAAUUUGAUUGACAAGUAUUGAUAAAUUAUUGUUUUUAUUUCACCAGUUGCUGGUAUCAACAACAUAAAUCGUUAGAUA